AUGUCAGUCCUGUCAAACGCAGGAGAUUGUCAGACGAAAUCAUAAUUAUGGUCAGCUUAGUAUUUAUGUUUUUACCGUCUCAUCUCACCUGUACGUUCACAAACCACGUGACGCGGGCUACACUCAGGUGAGAGUCUGACACACGUUCUCGCUGUCACAUUAUAUCAAGAGCUGUUCUUCUGGAUUUGUGGGAGGAGCGUCUGGAUCGCUGCCACACUUCAGCAACCUAGUGCUGUUCACUUCCACGAAGAAUCGGUCCGCCCGGGCCCGCGAACGCAGCGGAAAGCCGACCCCCGCAGCUUAGCGCUUGCGUUGUUUUCGACCUUUGAUUGUCAGCUAGAGGAACCGGAGCAGGAACAGAGGGAGGCGGAUCCGCGAGGAAAAGAGACCGCUGUGUUACAGGGGAGUGACCGCGAUGAUGGCGUCCCUCGGUAACACCGGCAGCGCCUCCAGCCCGAUGGUCAUGCUCGCCCCCAAAACCAAGACCAAAAAGAAACACUUCGUGCAGCAGAAGGUCAAAGUGUUUCGGGCGAGCGACCCGAUGCUCAGCGUGUUCAUGUGGGGCGUUAAUCAUUCGAUAAAUGAUUUGAAUCAAGUUCCAGUGCCUGUCAUGCUGCUCCCUGACGACUUCAAAGCCAACACCAAAAUUAAAGUGAACAACCAUCUCUUCAACAAAGAAAAUCUUCCAGGCCAUUUUAAGUUUAAGGAGUACUGUCCGCAAGUCUUCAGGAACCUCAGGGAGAGAUUUGGAAUUGAAGAUCUUGACUAUCAGGUGUCCCUGGCUCGCAGUGCUCCAAUGAGAGGCGAUGGACAAGGAGAAGGUCUUCUCUUCACGUCCUAUGACCGUACGCUGAUAGUAAAGCAGAUCUCCAGCGAAGAAGUAGCUGAUAUGCAUAACAUUCUGUCCGAGUAUCACCAGCAUAUAGUGAAGUGUCAUGGCAGUACACUCCUCCCUCAGUUUUUGGGCAUGUACCGGGUUACGGUGGAGAGCGAGGACACGUACCUGAUCGUCAUGAGGAACAUGUUCAGCCACAGACUCGUUGUCCACAGGAAAUACGACCUGAAGGGCUCCCUGGUAGAUCGCGAGGCCAGUGAUAAAGAGAAGGUGAAAGAGCUGCCGACUUUCAAAGACAUGGAUUUCAGAAAUAACAUGCAGAAGGUGUACGUGACAGAAGAGCAGAAAGAGAAGAUUAUGGAGAAGCUGAACCGAGAUGUAGAGUUCCUGGUGAAGCUGAAGAUAAUGGACUACAGCCUGUUGUUAGGCAUCCAUGACGUGGCUCGUGGCGAGCGGGAGGAAGAGGAGGCCGAGGAACCCAGCUGCGAAGACGACACGGAUCCCGAGAACGGCCUCGCUCCGGCCGCGCAAGUGGGAUCGUACGGCACGUCGCCGGAGGGCAUCGCCGGGUACAUGAACUCCUUCAAACCCCUGGGACCCGGAGAAUUUGACCCUUAUGUCGACGUAUAUGCCGUCAAGAGCGCCCCGGGAGCUCCGCAGAGGGAGGUGUAUUUCAUGGGCCUCAUUGACGUGUUGACGCAGUACGACACUAAGAAGAAAGCUGCCCACGCCGCAAAGACCGUAAAACACGGCGCUGGUGCUGAAAUAUCUACGGUCCAUCCAGAGCAGUAUGCCAAACGAUUCCGUGAAUUCAUCUCCAACAUUUUUGCGUAACCACUUCUAUGGGUGUCUGUAGCAGCACUUCAAGGUCACGUUUCACCCCAAAUUCAAAAGACAGAAAAAUAAUAAAUUAUAUUUUGCAUAAAGAAAUUAGGUCUAUUUUUAGGACCAUUAAGUUAUUUUUCAUUGUGACAUUAUUUUUAUGACAAUAAAACACAUUUGCCCCAUUACUGUAAUAUGUCCAGAUGUGUUGUUUUUUUUUUUUUUUUGAGGGGGUCUUUUUGUUCAUAUGUAUGUGAUUAUCAUUCCAAUAAUACAGUACUUUUUUUCUUUUUCUUUUUUUUUCUCAAAUAAAAUGUAGUGUGUGUGUGCACGCACAGAAAAGAAAUGUAUUAAUAAUUAAUGUAUUUUAAAAGUACUGUAUUAAGUAUGAAAUUGUGUUUCUUAUUUUAGACAAUAGUUUAAUAUUUUAGAUAAGUAAAAACAAUAUAUAAAAGUAUUCCUUAUUUUUAGAUUUUUUUGUAUUUGAGAUAUUAGGUAUAUAUGUACAUAAACACAAUACAUCAAUACAGUAAUUUUUAAUAAAAUUAUUAGGUUAGAAUCUAUUAUGGGGUUAUUAUUUUCAUAACAAUUGAAGUAUUUCAUAUAUUAGAUUAUUAUUAUUUUUUUUUUUAUUAAUACAGUUUUCAGUGUGGGUAUGAGUAUACUAUAUAUAUUGAAUUGUUUGCAUUUGGAGGGGAAAUGUGUUUUAUUCUAAAAAUAAAGUCUGAAUAAAAAAAUCUUAAUAGUGUGUAAUAGGCUUAAUUUUUUUAUGCAAAAUAUAAUUUUGUUUUAUUCUACAGUGACAUAUGUGACCCUGGAGCGCAAAACCACUUAUAAGUAGCAUGGAUAUACUUCUAGCAAUAGCAAUAUUUGUUUAAAUUUAAACAGUAUGGGUCAAAUUAUUGAUUUUUCUUUCAUGCCAAAAAUCUUUAGGAUAUUAAGUAUAGAUCAUGUUCCCUGGAAAUGUUUAGUUCAAUCUUACCAUAAAUAUAUUAACACGUAAUUUUUGAUUAGUAAUAUGCACUUGCUAGGGCAAUUUUUCUCAGUGUUUAUAUUUUUUUUGCACGCUCAAAUAUGGUCCCAUCCCACACCAAUUUAAAAAUAAAUUGACCCUUUUAUUUUGGUCCAGGGUCACAUGUGCACCGUUCUUCAUGUUCAAGGUUUUGUCAGUUUCUAUCUACUGUCAUCACAUCGAUGAAUUUUUUUUUUUAUUAUAAUUUUUUUUUUUUUUAUAAAAGCAUCUCUUCGUAUUUUUACACAUUGUGCUUCAUAUUUUCAUAAACUUUCAUAACACGAGAUUUAAGCACGACAUGUUAACAUGUCUCAUUCACACUACAGCGACAUUCAUUAAGGGUAUAUUCACAAAUUCCACUAGAUUCACACGUAUCACUUUGUGACAUAACCUGCAAACCAUGGGAACAUCGUCUAAUCUUUCAAGGAGAUAUAACUCCAAACCUGUAGCAGUGUCACAGUUUGUUCUUGGUGUGUUCUCUCUCUUUCUUUGGACGUUGGCUUGGCAGAGAGAGAAACCGUCGCCUUAACCGCUUGUGGAGGAAUAGCAGAAACUCACGUUGUGCUAUGCUUUAAGUGCAUGCUAGCUUCAUUUGAUAUAUGCAGCACUAGAAUGUUGUGAGAAGGAUAAGAUACUUCUAAAAAGAAGACGAAAAAAACACAAACUGACCAGCCGGUGACCUAAAGCGUACAUUAAGGGUCUAGAUUAAAGUAAUAUUAUGAAUCGAAUGCUGAUUGUUUAUACGGAUGGAUGGAGCACACACACUUCUUUUCUCUUCUUUGAGCUAUUUUAUGCAGUUAGCCUUAAUGCAGAAAAGAGGAAUUUUGUAGUUUGUAGUAGAAACACUUUAGCAACACUGAGCUGAUUUAGUAUGAAAUGCCUUAUUGUUGCAUUUUAUUUAUUUUGCAAAUCAGUGUUUGGACCAAAUAUAUUUUUCAGAGAUUUCCAAAAACAUGGUUUCUGUUAUUUAUUCAUUUUAGCUUUGUACGAUUACAAUUGGCACAAUUACAGUAUGUCCAUAAUAGUUGUACUUUAAAUGGUAUUUUUAGGGCUGUUUUAACACCUUGACAUGUUGUUACAUUAAGACAAGUUGUUACAUUGUGUUCACAUAAUGCAUGUAACGACUGUAACUACCAAUAAUGUGCAUUCCUAAGUACAAUAAAAACAUUUUUUUCUUAUAA